AUGGGGUACAAAAACCACACUGAAAAAUAUGGGGAAAAAGGAAUUGAAGGGAAACAGGAAGCGUUGAUUCCAAGGCUACCCGACGAGAUCGCAGAGCUUUGUCUUCUUCAUCUUCCAUAUCCAUACCAGUUGUUGGCACGAUCAGUGUGUUGCUUCUGGAACAAGAUCAUAACAGGCCCCAGCUUCCUUGUAUGUAAGAGAUCAUUAUUGCUUUCUCUGCCUUAUCUAUUCAUCUUCGCUUUCCAUAAAUCGAUGACCAGGAUACAAUGGCAAGCGAUGGACCUGCGAUCAAACUGUUGGUUUGUAUUACCUUCGAUGCCUUGUCCCAAGGCUGUGUGCCCACCGGGGUUUGCGAAUACACGUCAAGGCCAGCUCUACGUUUUAGGCGCGUCUCCCAUGGUGACCCCACGAUCUUUCUUCGCUGCUGGGAAUGUCAAUGGUAAGAUCAUUGCUGUCGAUGGAAGUGGGGGCGAGUACAAUGACUCAAAAACCUCCGUGGAAUGCUAUGAUCCACAUACUGACACGUGGGAGCAAGUUCCUAAAAUGCACGUGGAGAUGUGCAGCAUUUAUGGCCAUUAUUUUAGUUGUUUGUUACGUGAGAAUUGA